ACAAAAUGGUCAGUUGGUGAGAUCAGAGGAAGUUAACACCCACAGGGUGAGCUGAUGGUGUUAAAAGGAAGAGCUGUAAUUAUAGAGUGAAAAGAAAGACUGACAGAAACAGAAAAUGGCUGAUAAGCGUCACAUGUGUCUGCUGGGACUGAUCAUACUCUUUGCACUUCUCACAGGUAUCAGUGGAGUGGAUGAGACUACAGUGUUCAGCAGUUCUGGUGAAAAUGUCCGUCUGUCCUGUAAUAAUGCUCUUCCUGACUGCAAAUCAACUGUAUGGAUCUAUAGCAGACAUUCAGAGACAGUUGAACUGAUUGCUGGAGGAAUAAAGACUGACACAGAGAGACAUGAGAGACUGAGUCUGGACUCUGACUGCUCUCUGAACAUCAAGAAAGUCACAAAAGAAGAUUGUGGACUUUACUCCUGCAGACAAUAUGUGAAUAAACAACAAGGAACUGAUGCAUAUGUUUAUCUCCAUGUUCUUCAUGUCUCUUCAUCAUCCUCACAGUCUGAGAUCAGAUCAGGCAGCUCUGUGACUCUCUCCUGUCAGUUAUAUUAUAAUUAUGAUCUGUUCACUUGUGAUUCUUUGGUUGGUUUUGAGGGACUUGAGGUGAUCUGGGUGAAUCAGGCUGGUGUGAAUCUGCAGACAGACUCCAGAUUUCAGAUAUCAUUCUCCUCAGAACAGUGUCUCAGCUCUCUGACUACAACACUCCUGAAUGAAGAUCACAACAGAGAGUGGAGAUGUCAGGUUAAACACAGAAAUCAACUGAAGACCUCAGCCACAUAUACUGUCAAGUAUCAGACUCCAACCGAAACAAAGACACCGUCUCCAGUCACCAUCUCUAAAUCACCUGCAGCUCCUACACAACCAGCUCCAACCGAAACAAAGACACCGUCUCCAGUCACCAUCUCUAAAUCACCUGCAGCUCCUACACAACCAGCUUCAGUCGAUUCAACACUGAUUCCAGUCAGCAGCUCAAACUCUGAGAAGAAAUCAAGUCAAACUACAGCAGCAGCUUCUACAAAACAAGAGACACAGACUACACACACCCCUGAGACUACUUCAGCUACACAGCAAGUCUCUCUCUCAGUGAUCUGGAUUGCUGUUGCUGCUGCAUUGGCUGUUCUGAUUACUGCUGUUAUUCUUUGGGUGAUUCGCAGAAAAAGAGCUGAUAAGAGAAAAGGGACUAAUGACUCUGUGGAGCAGAAAGAUGAUGUGACUUAUACUGAGGUUGUCACACACUGCAAAAUCAGAGCCAAAAAGAACAAGGUUCAUGAUGAUGAUAAAGUGACUUAUUCUUCUAUCAGAGGAGCAACAGUUAGACCUCAGGAUGACUGGAGUUAACUUGCAUUUGUAAACAAGAACCAUCAGUAAUAAGUUAAACGGUCAUUAAUUAUACAAAUACCUCCUAAUAUCAAACAUAGAGGAAUAUGAACCUUAUAUUAUUGACUCCUAAGGGUUUCAUUCAGUCCCAUUGUAAAUGCUGUCUCUCACAUUUUAACAAACAGUCCCAAGUGGUGAUUUGAUUGUAAUGUUUUGGUCAGCUUGGGAUGUUUAUUUAAAAGUAACUGUCUGCUUGUUGAAUUAAUGUUAGUGCCUUUAUUAAUACUUCUGGAUUGUGCAUCAACUUCUAUGCUUGUACAAAUAAAAUAAAAGACAGUUUCCCUCUUAGAUCAUUCUCAUUAAAUCAUCUGUUUUCUUGAGAGAUUACUGCAGACUAGUUAGCUGUCAGCUUGCGCUAAUUAUGAAAACAGAAAGAGUUAUGUGAUGAUUUAAAUGUUUAUCACAAUAAGACACAAAUGAUAAUGUGGUGUUUGAGCAGCUGCUUUCAGUAACACUUGUAAUAUCAGAUUUUAUUUGCCAGUAAUGUAAAACAUGAAGCAGCCUGUCAUGUCAAAUGUAUAUUUACAGUGAAUUAUUCCUGUGCAGAUUUGGUAGACAUCAUACAGAAACCUCUUGAUUGUAUGUGUUCAAACUUUAAGGAUACAGUGGACUUUUUGCAAAACUAUUUCUGUUAGUGAGCAGAUUGUGCCUGUGAGGGACUUAAUUGUCAGUGGUUUUUCAUUGUAAAUAUGUUGCAGCGUAACUGUUUUAACAUCCUCUUUUAAACUAUUUCUGUGCUUGAGGUAUUUGUGAGUAAUGCAGAAGCUUAAUUUAACAGCUGUAAGAGCUGAGAGUUAGUUUUGAAGAAACAGAAGAAGUCAUUUUAUGAUUUAAUGGUUCUAUUGACUAUUGUUUAAAGGGGUCAUAUGAUGCGAUUUUCAGAUUUUCCUUUCUCUUUGAAAUGUUACAAGCUCUUGGUGAAUAAAGAUCUA